AUGACCAGUCGGUUGUACGACAGCAUCGAACCCAAUGUCAUCGACGAAGAGAUGCUCCAGAAGGCAGUGGAAGAGCAAGGACCCAAGGAAGAAGCGGGCCAGCUGGCCAAGAUGGAAGGGAUAAAUUUCAAAGAUGUCAAGGAGCUGCAGCUCGAUUUUAGAAAUAUCCUGAGGAUCGACAAUCUCUGGCAGUUCACCAACCUGACAAAGCUGCAGCUGGACAACAACAUCAUAGAGAAGAUAGAAGGCCUGGACAGCCUGGUUCAUCUGACCUGGCUGGAUCUGUCCUUCAACAACAUCGAAGGCAUUGAAGGUCUCGACGCUCUGGUGAACCUGAAGGACCUCAGUUUGUUCAACAACAGGAUCUCCAAGAUCGAGAAUCUGGACGCUCUGCAGCAGCUUGAGAUAUUCUCGAUCGGGAACAACAACAUAGGAACCCUGGAAAACCUGGUCUACCUCAGGAAAUUCAAAAACCUGCGCACUUUGAACCUCACCGGGAAUCCAGUGUGUGACAACGAGGCGUACACCAUGUACAUCGCGGCAUAUCUCCCAGACCUUGUGUACCUGGAUUUUAGGAUGCUGGAGGACAGUACGAGGGAGAUUGCCUUCCUAAAAUACCAGUAUGCCAUCGAAGAGAUGAAGCAGGGAGAAUCCGUGGCCCUAGCCAAGCAGGAGGACGAGGAGGCCAAGCGCAAGGAGCUGGAGUAUCACAAGUCUGCUUACGUCGAAUAUCUCAACGGCUCCUUCCUCUUCGACAGCAUGUACGCCGAAGAUCCCGAGGCUGCCAAACUGGAGUACCUUCCUGGUGUGCCCGAACUGCUGGAGGCAUAUCCUACCUGCAAAUUUGUCGCCAUUUGUGAGAACCUGUUUGAGUACGGCCUGAAGCAGCACGAGAAGCGGAAGGCCGAGGUGGCUCUCUUCUACGAGUGCCUCAACGAAGCCCUGGAAGAGAACCGUGAGCAGGGCAACAAGAUCAUGGCCGAGUUCGAAGAAAAGCAUCACUGGGCUUUGGACGCGAUUCAGAACGCCAGCGAGACCGAGAUUUUGGAGUCCCGGCUCCGGGACUACAGCGAUGACAUCAGAAAACUCUGCGAAACGCUGAUGACUCUGGAGAUGCAGCUGGUCGACCAGUUAGAGGAAGUCAUCAAAGAUUUUGAGCGGAGCAUUUUUGACCUCGUGUCCAUCUUCAUAGAAAAUGAGCAAGGGCUAAUGGCGCAGUGCCGGGAUCUCGAAAACCAUCACCACGAGAAGCUCCUUGAAAUAGCCAUCAACACGCUGGAGAAAAUCGUGAAAAGCGAGUUGGAGGAAGAUAUACCGGACGACGUCCGGAUGCUCUUUGUUGACAAGGACACUAUCGUCAACGCCGUGAACGCCUCGCAUGAUAUCCACCUUCUGAAGAUCGACAACCGGGAAGACGAGAUCAUCACCAAAGCCAACGGCUGGGCCGCCACGCUGAUCGAAUCAGUUCACAAAAGCGAAAUAACGAGGAACCGCAACCGCGUGAAGGAGAUCAACCAGUACAUCGAUCACCUUCACAACGAGCUGGAAACCAUGGACGUUCUAGAACCGUAA